AGCCCAGCGCAGCCGCGCGCCUCGCUGCCACCAUGCGGGCCGAGGGCCACGGCGGCCUGGAGCGCUUCUGCAGCCCGGGCAAGGGCCGGGGGCUGCGGGCCCUGCGGUCCUUCCAGGUCGGGGACUUGCUCUUCUCCUGCCCGGCCUACGCCUACGUGCUCACAGUCAACGAGCGGGGCAACCACUGCGACUACUGCUUCGCCAGGAAAGAAGGACUGUCCAAAUGCGGAAGGUGCAAGCAGGCCUUUUACUGCGACGUGGAGUGUCAGAAAGAAGACUGGCCCAUGCACAAGCUAGAGUGUUCUCCCAUGGUUGUUUUUGGGGAAAACUGGAAUCCCUCCGAGACUGUAAGACUGACGGCGAGGAUUCUGGCCAAACAGAAAAGCCACCCCGAGAGAACGCCGUCAGAGAAGCUGUUGGCUGUGGAGGAGUUUGAAUCCCACCUAGAUAAGCUGGACAAUGAGAAGAAGGACUUGAUUCAGAGUGACAUCUCCGCUCUCCAUCACUUCUACUCCAAGCACCUUGAGUUCCCUGACCACGACAGCCUCGUGGUGCUCUUCGCCCAGGUUAACUGUAACGGCUUCACUAUUGAAGAUGAAGAGCUUUCUCAUUUGGGAUCUGCGAUAUUCCCCGAUGUCGCAUUGAUGAAUCACAGCUGUUGCCCCAACGUCAUUGUGACUUACAAGGGGACCCUGGCGGAAGUAAGAGCCGUGCAGGAAAUCAGCCCUGGCGAGGAGGUUUUCACCAGCUACAUCGAUCUGCUGUACCCAACAGAGGAUAGGAACGAGCGGCUCCGAGACUCCUACUUCUUCACCUGCGAGUGCCUGGAGUGCACCACCAAAGACAAGGACAAGGCCAAGGUGGAAAUCCGGCGGCUCAGUGACCCGCCCAAGGCAGAAGCCAUCCGGGACAUGGUCAGAUACGCACGCAACGUCAUAGAGGAGUUCAGGCGGGCCAAGCACUACAAGUCCCCUCCGGAGCUGCUGGAGAUCUGCGAGCUCAGCCAGGAGAAGAUGGGCUCCGUGUUCGAGGACAGUAACGUGUACAUGCUGCACAUGAUGUACCAGGCCAUGGGCGUUUGCCUCUACAUGCAGGACUGGGAGGGAGCCCUGAGAUACGGACAGAAGAUCAUUAAGCCCUACAGCAAGCAUUACCCUCUGUACUCCCUCAACGUGGCCUCCAUGUGGCUAAAGCUGGGCAGACUCUACCUGGGCCUGGAAAACAAAGCUGCAGGGGAGAAAGCCCUCAGGAAGGCCAUUGCAAUCAUGGAAGUAGCUCACGGCAAAGACCACCCAUAUAUUUCUGAGAUCAAGCAGGAGCUGGAAAGCCAGUGAAACUAGGCAGCGUCUGUUUUCAUCAAAUGCUUCAUCCAGAGAUCCUCGCGGACUCGUGUCCACUCUCCCCCAGCACGCCCGCACCCCCGUGAGCCCACUGGAAUGACAGCACCUUCCUGCACUGAGACCUUGCACUUGCCACCCCGCCAAACUGGCCUGGAGCCUGAGCAGCCCAUGAGUUUUGAAUGAUUUCCUUUCCUAAGAGGUAACAGCAUGGUUUCGUGUCUUAGAAUACACUUUGGGCAGAUCCACGUUCUAAAAACGCAGCUGUUCCUCCCGUCAUCCCCGUUGUCCUGUUCUGAACACAUCUGGGGGAUGAGGGGGAAUAAAAGGCAGAACGGUA